AUGCACGCUCCUAGCAUUCUCGCUGUUCUCUCUGCCCUUCCUGCCGCCAUGGCAUGCCUUGGCUACACAGGCGGUGUCCCCAAAGCCACUGGCUCCAAGUCCCUCAGCGCGCCUCGAUACCUCAAGAAGGGCGAGGUUUUCGAUGCUAAGUGGGUUCGCUACGACCGCGGUGUCAAGUGCACUGGUCAGAGCGAGGGUGGUGAGAAGGAUGCAGUCUUUGUCCUCGAAGACGGUGCAACUCUUCGCAACGUCGUCAUCGGUGCCAACCAAAAGGAAGGUGUUCAUUGUCUCGGCGCCUGUAACCUAGAGUUUGUCUGGUUCGAGGACGUUUGCGAGGAUGCCAUUACUAUCAAGGGUAGUGGAACCGCCAACAUCAUCGGCGGUGGUGCUUACAAGGCCGCCGACAAGGUCAUUCAGCACAAUGGCUGUGGUCACGUCAACAUUGUCAACUUUUACGCCAACGACUACGGCAAGGUCUACCGAUCAUGCGGUAACUGCAAGGGUAACUCCAAGUGCAAGCGAUCCGUUCACAUGGAGGGUGUCACUGCCGUCAACGGCGGUGAGCUCAUUGGUAUCAAUACCAACCUCGGUGACAAGGCUACCUACAAGAACAACUGCUUCCCCAAGACUCAGUGCCAGGGCUACAAGGGAUGCGACAAGGCCAAUGGCGAGUGCGAGCCUUCCAAGGCCAGCAAGUGCUAG